AUGGCUGGUUAUAAGCCUGUAGCUAUUCAGACAUAUCCUAUACUUGGUGAAAAAAUCACCCAGGAUACACUAUACUGGAACAACUAUAAGACCCCUGUUCAGAUCAAGGAGUUUGGUGCAGUGUCAAAAGUAGACUUUUCUCCGCAGCCUCCAUAUAAUUACGCUGUCACAGCUUCUUCAAGGAUUCACAUUUAUGGGCGAUACUCCCAGGAACCUAUAAAAACGUUUUCCCGAUUUAAAGACACAGCUUACUGCGCUACUUAUCGGCAGGAUGGUAGAUUGCUUGUGGCUGGCAGUGAAGAUGGUGGAGUUCAGCUUUUUGAUAUAACGGGAAGGGCUCCCCUCCGGCAGUUUGAAGGCCAUACUAAAGCAGUCCAUACAGUAGAUUUUACAGCUGACAAAUAUCAUGUGGUCUCUGGGGCUGAUGAUUAUACAGUUAAAUUAUGGGAUAUUCCAAACUCCAAAGAAAUUCUGACUUUCAAAGAACAUUCUGAUUAUGUGAGGUGUGGAUGUGCUAGCAGGCUGAACCCAGAUCUCUUUGUAACAGGGUCAUAUGAUCAUACUGUGAAGAUGUUUGAUACACGAACAAACAAGAGUGUUGUCUCGGUAGACCAUGGUCAGCCAGUGGAAAGUGUCCUGCUUUUUCCCUCUGGAGGUCUUCUGGUAUCAGCAGGAGGCCGUUAUGUUAAAGUCUGGGACAUGCUAAAAGGAGGACAGUUGCUAGUGUCUUUGAAAAAUCAUCAUAAAACUGUGACGUGUUUAUGCCUGAGCAGCUCUGGACAGCGGUUACUCUCUGGUUCACUGGAUAGGAAGGUGAAAGUAUAUAGCACAACUUCCUACAAAGUAGUCCACAGUUUUGAUUAUGCAGCUUCAAUUUUGAGUCUUGCACUUGCACAUGAAGAUGAGACAAUAGUUGUAGGAAUGACCAAUGGAAUACUGAGUGUUAAACAUCGGAAAUCUGAAGCAAAGAAGGAUUCUCUUCCCAGAAGAAGAAGACCUGCAUAUCGAACUUUUAUUAAAGGGAAAAAUUAUAUGAAGCAAAAGGAUGACAUUUUGAUCAACAGACCGUCAAAAAAACACCUAGAAUUGUAUGACAGGGAUCUGAAAAAUUUCCGGAUUUCCAAAGCACUUGACAGAGUCCUUGAGCCCAGUUGUACAAUAAAGACACCUGAGAUUACAGUUUCCAUCAUAAAGGAACUCAAUCGAAGAGGAGUUCUUGCAAAUGCCCUUGCAGGUCGGGAUGAAAAGGAAAUCAGUCGUGUUCUUAAUUUUUUGAUAAGGAAUCUGUCUCAGCCGAGAUUUGCUUCUGUUUUGAUCAAUGCUGCUGAAAUAGUUAUUGAUAUAUAUCUGCCGGUAAUUGGUCAGUCACCUGUAGUUGAUAAAAAGUUUUUGUUACUUCAAGGACUUGUAGAAAAAGAGAUUGAUUACCAAAAAGAACUACUAGAAACCAUGGGGAUGAUGGAUAUGCUUUUUGCUACCAUGACAAGGAAAGAAAGCACUGCUGCUUCUGACGGACUUCUGGAGAACAAGAGGAUAGAGUCCUAG